CAGCAACACUAUUCUUUCCUGAGGUGGGCGGGGUAGGUAGCCCGGCGUUCUACAUGCUGAGUGACCAGCCUGAGAUCACAAAGCCAGUCAAUGAAGAUACUGGGAUCUCAGCCCAGACUUUCUGAUCACAAGUGCCAGCAUCAAAUACUGGGUUCCUUCUAUAAUCUGGGUAUUAUGCUAGCCGGCUGCAACAAAGAUCAGUUAUUCAAGAUCCUUCACCUCGGGGAAUUGGUUGUGUAGUGGAGACAACCAAGCAUAUAAAGUGAUAAGUGUUUUGGAACGAUUAAGUCUCCCUGUCACUAUAUAACUAUCAGGAAGACCUCUCGAAGAAGGAGUGGCUUUGGAGAUAUAUCAUCCCCUGUUAUCCGGGAGGCAGAGGUGACACGGACUGCACGGAAACAGAGUGCUCAAAAAAGAGUUUUAAUUCAGUCAUCUCAAGAUGAAAAUUUUGGUAAUACUACACCAAGAAACCAGGUUAUUCCUCGAACUCCUAGCUCAUUUCGACAGCCUUUUACCCCAGCAUACCGAAGCUUACUAAGACAGCCGGAUAUUUCCUGCAUUCUUGGAACAGGAGGGAAGUCGCCUCGACUCACGCAAUCUUCAGGGAUCUUGGGAAAUCUCUCCAUGGUUACUAAUCUGGAUGACAGUAACUGGGCAGCUGCAUUUUCAUCACAGCGUUCCGGGGUCUUCACAAACACAGAGCCCCACGGUGUAACAGAAGAUAUAACUAUCAGUGCUGUUAUGUUACGUGAGGAUGAUCCUGGAGAAGCUGCAUCCAUGAGUAUGUUUUCUGAUUUCCUGCAGUCUUUUCUGAAGCAUGCUUCGGGUACAGUUUUUGAUCUUGUGGAAGAGUAUGAAAAUAUCUGUGGUAGUCAGGUAAAUAUACUAAGUAAAAUAGUGAGUCGAGCAACACCUGGACUUCAAAAAUUUUCUAAAACAGCCAGUAUGCUCUGGCUUCUUCAACAGGAGAUGGUCACAUGGAGACUGCUGGCUUCUUUGUAUAGAGACAGAAUACAGUCUGCAUUAGAAGAGGAGAAUGUAUUUGCAGUUACUACUCUUAAUGCCAGUGAAAAAACAGUUGUGGAAGCAUUAUUUCAGAGAGAUUCACUUGUUCGACAAAGUCAGCUGGUGGUAGAUUGGUUAGAGAGUAUUGCCAAAGAUGAAAUUGGAGAAUUUUCUGAUAAUAUUGAGUUUUAUGCAAAAUCAGUGUAUUGGGAGAAUACUCUGCAUACCUUAAAACAACGGCAGCUGGCUUCUUACGUUGGAAGUGUUCGUCCGCUUGUCACUGAAUUGGACCCUGAUGCUCCCAUAAGACAGAAAAUGCCACUUGAUGAUUUGGAUAGAGAAGAUGAAGUCAGAUUACUCAAAUAUCUCUUCACUCUAAUCCGUGCUGGAAUGACAGAAGAGGCACAACGACUCUGUAAACGCUGUGGUCAAGCAUGGAGAGCUGCAACACUUGAAGGCUGGAAACUGUAUCAUGACCCUAAUGUUAAUGGAGGAGCAGAAUUAGAACCUGUUGAAGGGAAUCCAUAUAGACGCAUUUGGAAAAUAAGUUGUUGGAGAAUGGCAGAAGAUGAACUUUUUAAUAGAUACGAGAGAGCAAUUUAUGCAGCCUUAAGUGGGAAUCUUAAGCAGCUGCUUCCUGUCUGUGACACCUGGGAAGAUACAGUGUGGGCCUACUUCCGGGUGAUGGUGGACAGUCUGGUAGAACAGGAAAUCCAGACAUCAGUAGCAACUCUGGAUGAAACUGAAGAACUCCCUAGAGAAUAUCUGGAAGUAAAUUGGACCUUAGAAAAGGUUUUUGAGGAACUUCAAGCUACUGAUAAAAAGAGAGUUCUGGAAGAGAAUCAAGAACAUUAUCAUAUAGUUCAAAAGUUUCUUAUCCUGGGAGACAUUGAUGGUUUGAUGGAUGAGUUUAGCAGAUGGCUUUCCAAAAGCAGAAACAAUCUACCUGGACACCUUCUUCGCUUUAUGACUCACCUCAUUUUGUUUUUCCGUACUCUGGGACUACAGACCAAGGAAGAAGUUUGUAUUGAAGUUUUGAAGACAUACAUACAGCUUUUAAUAAGUGAGAAACAUACAAAUCUCAUAGCAUUUUAUACCUGUCAUUUGCCUCAAGACCUAGCUGUUGCCCAGUAUGCUUUAUUUUUGGAAAGUGUUACAGAAUUUGAGCAGCGCCACCAUUGCUUGGAGUUGGCUAAAGAAGCAGAUUUGGAUGUUGCAACAAUAACAAAAACUGUAGUUGAGAAUAUUCGAAAGAAAGAUAACAGUGAAUUUAGUCAUCAUGACCUGGCCCCAGCCCUAGAUACUGGCACUACUGAGGAGGAUCGUUUAAAAAUUGAUGUAAUUGACUGGUUGGUAUUUGACCCAGCACAGAGAGCAGAAGCACUGAAACAAGGCAAUGCAAUUAUGAGAAAAUUCUUGGCAUCAAAGAAGCACGAAGCUGCAAAAGAAGUAUUUGUGAAAAUUCCUCAGGAUUCUAUAGCAGAAAUCUAUAAUCAGUGGGAGGAACAAGGAAUGGAAAGUCCACUUCCUGCUGAAGAUGAUAAUGCUAUCAGAGAACAUUUGUGCAUCAGAGCUUAUUUGGAAGCCCAUGAAACCUUUAAUGAGUGGUUUAAGCAUAUGAAUUCAGUUCCACAAAAACCUACUUUGAUACCUCAACCAACUUUUACUGAGAAAGUGGCUCAUGAACACAAAGAAAAGAAAUAUGAAAUGGAUUUUGGUAUUUGGAAAGGGCAUUUAGACGCCCUAACUGCUGAUGUGAAGGAGAAAAUGUAUAACGUCUUGUUGUUUGUUGAUGGAGGGUGGCUGGUGGAUGUUAGAGAGGAUACUGAAGAAGACCAUGAAAGAACACAUCAAAUGGUUUUACUGAGAAAGCUUUGUCUGCCAAUGUUGUGUUUUCUGCUUCAUACAAUAUUGCAUAGUACUGGUCAGUAUCAGGAAUGUCUACAGUUAGCAGAUAUGGUAUCCUCUGAGCGCCACAAACUGUAUCUGGUGUUUUCUAAGGAAGAGCUAAGGAAGUUGCUGCAGAAGCUAAGAGAGUCCUCUCUAAUGCUCCUAGACCAGGGAUUUGACCCAUUAGGAUACGAAAUUCAGUUAUAGUUCAUCGACUCUUUGUAAUCUCACUAAUUUUCGUGACAUGACAUUUUUAAUAAAAUAUACUUGUUAUUAGUAAUUUUUUCUUUUGCACCAUGUAAAAUUUAGACAUUUGAAUUUUGUACUUUUCGGAAUAUUAUGGUGACACUUUGAAAAUGUAAUGUAUGUAUAUCAGUGUUUCUCUGUACUUAUUAAUAAAACUAUAUAAAAAUUAAAAUUUUCUGUUUUUACAAA